AAAGUUUGGUGUUUUUUUUGUCAGCCCAAAAGUUCAUGUUUUUUUUGGCAAUUCGUGCAAAGUUUAGGUUUUUUUUGGUCGAAUUCUCAUUAAAAUACUGGAUUUUGUAUGACUAUUUUCACUUUUUCAAACCAAAGCGAACAAAACAACAUCGUUUAGUUUAACUAUGGUGUUUCAAUUUUUUUUUUAACUCUGUUCUAUAUUAUGUUAAUUUAUUUAACAGAUGUCUAAUUUGACUUAAUCAACAAAAAUUUAAAGAUUUAAAAUGAAAAUCAAACACAAUGUAAUGUGUUAAGUUGCCAGCACAAAAAUUGUUGAUUUAAAUGAUUGAAGUUUAAAAGUUAAAAGAUUUUUAUCUUUUAUUUCAAAUUUAUUACUCUCUUUCUGUUUCAUAAAUAUAAUUUAUUAUUAUUUACACACAUUAAAAAAGUACGUUAAAUCAUUAUAAUAAAUAUAUUAUUUUCUGUAAUUUUGAAAUUUCAAUAACUUUUAACCAAUAGUAAUUCAAAAAAAUCAAUUAACUUUCUUGAACAUCACAAAUUUUUUUAUAGAAAAUACAAAAAGUUUAUCUAUGUGAAACAAAUUUUUUUUCUAAAACAUCUAGUUUAACGAAACGGAUGAAGUAAAAUUUAUGAAUUCAAAGUACUACGAUAAAAAAAUGAUCUUAACAUGUAUAUAAACCCCGAUUAGAAUUGAAGAGGCUAAAUUUAAAAAAAAAAUCUAAAAUCCAAAAAAAAAUUGCUCAAAAAAGAAAAAAUUCCAAAAUACUCAAAUUCAAAUUCGAGCACAUACAUACCCAAACGUACAAAGCCUUAAUUAUUAUUUAUUGUUAUUAUUACUGCACUUUACAUGACUUUUGUCAAAAGAGGAAAAGAUUGGUUUCUAGUGUUUUUUUUACAGUCCCUCUUGUCGGCUCCGUGACGAGAGAAGAAGAGAUCUCUAAUCUUCGCCUUCUUCGUCUUCCUCUCUUCUGUCCUUCUUCAUCUGCUGAUUCAGUAAACCUCCUCCUCUUCAAGACAUCAUCACCCCACCGAUGGCUGAGAUCGCUUCCACCUCAUCCAGCAGAGGCCACCAAUCUCCGCCGGCGCCGAUAAUGAACUUAGCCGACGACCAUCUCUUCACCGUCCUCCUCCUCCUCCCCGUAGAUUCAAUCCUCUCUUUCUCUGCCACCUGCAAGAGGUUCCGUGACCUCGCCUGCUCCGACAGCCUCUGGGAGUCCUUGUGGCGGAGAGAGUGGGGCCCAUCGUCGGCUGAGUCAGUCAAGUCAUCGGGGUUGUUAUUACCGUGGAUGGUUCUGUUUAAGAGAGUCUGCAAGCUUGAUUCCGUCUCUUGCCACAAAAUCUCGAACCUAGACGAUGAUGAUGAGUCUUCGUUACUACCGCUCCCUAGAGCUUCUCACUCUCUCAACUUCGUUACUGAUUAUCUUGUCCUCUUCGGUGGUGGCCGUGAAGGAGGACGUCAUCUUGAUGACACGUGGACGGCUUACGUCGGAGAGAGCAAUCAGAAGACGUUGAAGUGGAAGAAAGCUGAUUCCGUUACACCCGGUGGGAGAUUCGGACACACCUGCGUCGUCAUUGGAGACUCUCUAGUCUUAUUCGGAGGAAUAAACGACCGUGGAGAGCGGCUGAACGACACGUGGAUAGGUCGAGUGGGCUGCCACGGGAAGCAACUAACGUGGAAGCUGCUAGCUGUCCUGGGAAGCCUAAAGCCGCCUCCUCGAGGUGCUCAUGCUGCUUCUUGUAUCUCAGAGAAGACGAUGGUCGUGCAAGGAGGGAUCGGUUUAAGCGGAGUGAGACUGGGGGACACGUGGAUUCUCGAACUCUCCGAGGAUCUGAACUCUGGGACGUGGCACGAGGUUGUGUCUAACGCCUUGUUACCGCCACGGUCGGGGCAUACUCUGACUUACAUAAGAGAGAACCAAGUGGUUCUGUUCGGAGGUAGAGGGUUGGGUUACGACGUGCUUAAUGACGUUUGGCUAUUGGAUACUCAAGAGCAGUGCGAACGGUGGAUACAGAUCUUCUACGACUUUCGAGACUUGGAGGAGAGCGCUUCGUUGCCGAGGGUUGGUCACUCGGCAACACUCAUAUUGGGAGGUCGGAUUCUUAUUUACGGAGGAGAAGAUACCUUUAGGCACAAGAAGGAUGAUUUUUGGGCGUUGGAUGUCAAGACCAUUCCAUCUAAAGGUCUGCAGGUAGAUGGAGGAGCGGUUUGUUUAAAUGGUUCAAAGGCGUGGAAGAGGCUUGAUGGGGUGUCUUAUAGACCCAAAGGGCGGUCGUUUCAUCGGGCGUGCGCUGAUGGUUCGGGACGGUAUGUGUAUGUGUUUGGUGGAAUGGUUGAUGGUCUGAAUCUUGCUGUGACAUCAAGUCUUAGAUUUGAGAAUGAGCUCUUUAUGGUUGAGCUUAUUCUUGGCUUGUAGGGGGGACAUGGAAGGACUAUUUUUGUUUCUUUGAAUUAAAGGGUUUUGAGUUAAGAAACCUACAAUAACAUUAGUAUUGGGUAUUGACGUAUUGUUGUGCUGAAAAUGUCUGAUCUAUAUGGUUUUUAGCAAUGCAGACAUUGUUACCAGUUUUUCUCUACACUUGAAAAAAAAAAUCAAGUACAUAAUUUAACAUA